AUGGGACCCCUCCGAGAGCCCAAGAGAGUGCAUCGUGAGAAGGAGCUUUCCCGAAGCCGGAUUCCCCGUCUGAUUCUCCGGCCCCACCUGCCCCAGCAGCAGCACAAAGUGUCCCCCGCCUCCGAGUCUCCCUUCUCUGAGGAGGAGAGCAGAGAGUUCAACCACAGCAGCUCCGGGCACUCAGGGCGCACCAUUAGCAGCAACAGCUUCUGUUCAGAUGACACUGGCUGCCCUAGUAGCCAGUCCGUGUCUCCUGUGAAGACGCCCUCGGAUACUGGAAACAGUCCUGUUGGCUUUCGCCCUGGAAGUGAUGAAGACUUUACCAGGAAGAAAUGCACAGUUGGAAUGGUUGGCGAGGGAAGCAUCCAGUCAGCUCGAUAUAAGAAGGAACCCAAGUCAGGCCUUGUGAAGCCAGGUAGCGAAGCCGACUUCAGCUCCUCAAGCAGCACAGGCAGCAUUUCCGCGCCUGAGGUCCACAUGUCUGCGGCGGGAAGCAAGCGCUCCUCGUUCUCACGCAACCGAGGUCCCCACGGGCGGAGUAAUGGAGCUUCAUCACACAAGUCUGGCAACAGCCCCCAGUCCCCACGGGAAAAGGACCUACUGUCCAUGCUGUGCAGGAAUCAGCUGAGUCCUGUCAACACCCAUCCCAGCUAUGCACCUUCUUCCCCAAGUAGCAGCAACUCGGGCUCCUACAAAGGAAGUGACUGUAGCCCAAUCAUGAGGCGGUCUGGAAGAUACAUGUCCUGCGGUGAGAAUCACGGGGUCAAGCCCCCCAAUCCGGAGCAGUAUCUGACUCCCCUGCAGCAGAAAGAGGUGACGGUGAGACACCUGAAGACCAAGCUGAAGGAAUCGGAGCGCCGACUCCACGAGAGGGAAACGGAAAUCGUGGAGCUGAAGUCCCAGCUGGCCCGGAUGCGGGAAGACUGGAUUGAAGAGGAGUGCCACCGGGUGGAGGCCCAGUUGGCCCUCAAGGAGGCCAGGAAAGAGAUCAAACAGCUCAGGCAGGUCAUCGAGACCAUGAGGAGCAGCCUGGCCGACAAAGACAAAGGCAUUCAGCAGUACUUCGUGGACAUCAACAUUCAGAACAGGAAGCUGGAGUCCCUGCUGCAGAGCAUGGAGCUGGCGCACAGCGGCUCCCUGAGGGAUGAGCUGUGCCUGGACUUCCCCUGCGAGUCCCCGGCGAAGAGCUUCCCCCGAGACGCCCCCGUGGGCCAGACGGCGGAUGGGAUGUCGGUGGAAGAGCAGGUGACGGAGGAAGGGGUGGACAGUGAGCUGCUGGUGGGAGACAGCGGCGUGGAUGGCUCGGAUCUGUUGGAUGAGCUGGCCACGGCCACCGACACCCAGGCGGAUGACCUGGAGCUGCUGCAUUCCACCCCGGGGGCAGAGGCCCUGGCGGUCAUCCCCACGGAGGCAGGUCUGGAGGAGGAGGGCCGCGUGGUGGUGGUGGUGGAGCGGGCCGUGCAGACCGACACGGUGCCCUCCGGCCCCGCGGUGUCCGAGCUCAUCCAGUACAUGCUCCAGCUGCAGGACCCCUCUGCCUGGCGCCCGGCAUCGCCUUCCGAGUCAGCGGCUGACUCCACGGAAAGCUUCCCGGAGUCCAUCUCCGCCUUGAUGGUGGAUUUAACUCCGAAGAGCCCAAACUCGGCCAUCCUUUUGUCUCCCGUGGAGACCCCCGACGCCACGGUGCAGACGCAGGCCCCUGCAAAUAGCCUCAUGCGAGAGCUGGACUUUGCAGGCUGCACAGGGGAGAGGUUGGACGGCGUCCCCCCGGGGGCCGCGGGGAGGCAGUACUGGAGCCGCAGCUUCCUGGUGGAUCUCCUGGCCGUGGCUGCCCCCGUGGUGCCCACCGCGCUGUGGGCGCUCAGUACUCAGAGGGGGGGCACGGGUCCCGUGUACAACAUCGGGGCCCUGCUCCGGGGCUGCUGCGUGCUGGCCCUGCACUCGCUCCGCCGCACGGCCCUCCACGUGCAGACCUAG